GUCGCAGGGAGCAGGGCCGGCGGGCGGGCUGUGUCGGGAUGCCGGAGCUGGCCGUGCAGAAGGUGGUGGUCCACCCCCUGGUGCUGCUCAAUGUGGUGGAUCAUUUUAACCGAAUUGGCAAGGUUGGAAACCAGAAGCGGGUUGUUGGUGUGCUUUUGGGGUCAUGGCAAAAGAAAGUACUUGACGUAUCCAACAGUUUUGCAGUGCCAUUUGAUGAAGAUGACAAAGACGAUUCUGUCCGGUUCCUAGACCAUGAUUAUUUGGAAAAUAUGUAUGGAAUGUUUAAGAAAGUCAAUGCCAGAGAAAGAAUAGUUGGGUGGUACCACACAGGCCCUAAACUGCACAAGAAUGAUAUCGCCAUCAAUGAACUCAUGAAAAGAUACUGUCCCAACUCUGUGUUGGUCAUUAUUGACGUGAAGCCAAAGGACCUGGGACUUCCUACUGAAGCUUACAUUUCAGUGGAAGAAGUUCACGAUGACGGAACACCAACAUCAAAAACUUUUGAGCACGUGACCAGUGAAAUUGGGGCGGAGGAAGCUGAAGAAGUGGGAGUGGAACACUUGUUAAGCAAGGACACUACAGUGGGAACACUCUCCCAGCGGAUCACAAACCAGGUCCAUGGUUUGAAGGGACUAAACUCCAAGCUCCUGGACAUCGGGAGUUACUUGGAGAAAGUGGCCAGUGGCAAGCUUCCCAUCAACCACCAGAUCAUCUACCAGCUGCAGGACGUCUUCAACCUGCUGCCGGAUGCCAGCCUGCAGGAGUUCAUCAAGGCCUUCUACCUGAAGACCAAUGACCAGAUGGUGGUGGUGUACUUGGCCUCACUGAUCCGCUCUGUGGUGGCCUUGCACAACCUCAUCAACAACAAGAUCGCCAACCGGGAUACAGAGAAGAAGGAGGGACAGGAAAAGGAAGAGAGCAAGAAGGAGAGAAAAGAUGACAAAGGAGAAGAGUGAUGUAAAGAAAGAAGAAAAAAAGGAGAAAAAGUAAAUUGUGUAGCUUUUUUUAUUUGUAAAUUAAAAUCUUAUAAACCAACUUGGUGUGCCACUAGAGGGUUCUUUGUCACAUUCAGUGCUUGUUAGAAGCUAUUCUGACGAGCACUCUGUCUCCGUCACCCUUGCUGUGGCAUUUUGUGGAGAUGAAUGGACAGAAGGACGGAUCUCAGCCUCCCUACACUGCAGCUUCAGCUGUAUUCGGUAG